GCAGCAGGUGGGAGGAGAGUCCGGGAGCAACUUGGGCUGGAAGCGGAGAAGCAACUGGGCUGAAGCCUCUCAGCUGCGGCUGCUGCAGGUUCCUUCCCUCCCCAAAUGGAAGCCCACUGGUGCUGCAGGCUGGGAAACUGGGGGCUGCAAUUUCUGCUGGUGGGAAGCUUGAAAAAGCCUCUUUCAAGUGGAGGUUGGUUCUUUGGGAAUGGCUUCCCUCCAGAGGUUGUGGCUGCUCCGUCCCUGGAGGGUUUUGAGGGGCGAUUGGGCAGCCAUUUGUUCUGGACGGAAUAGGGUCUCCUGCCUGAACAGGGGAUGGACUAGAAGACCUCCAAGGUCCCCCCAACUCAAUUCUUCUCUUAUGGACCUGAUGUCUUCUGGGCAACAAGAUCGGAUUUAUGUGUCUCUAGUCGUUUCUGGGUUAUUUUGCUUCCAUUUCUAGCUAACAAGCACCGUGUUUUCCUAUUAGUGCCCCCAUCCAUGUAUUCACCAGGUUCAACUGUGCUUAACCCAGCACUUUUUAAAAACCAGCUAUUGAAUGUUUUGACUGUUCAGUUGUAUUUAUUUAUUUAUAAAAUGUAUUGGCCACCAACCUUACCAUGACAUAACUGUGGGUGGUUUAGAGACAGAAAAUAAUACAUACACAUUAAAAUCUAAAUAAAUUGUAGGAAGAAAAAUCCGGUCCGGUUCCAAGCCAGGAGAAAGGAGCUGGAAAUAAAAUGCUUAGUGACACAGAUGCCAGUCCCAAUUGCAGCCACUAAGUGAGGACUACUUCAAUUGGGAUGUCACCAAAGGGGUUGUGGAAAGCAUUUUCUGCCUUUACUUGGAGUUCGUGGCUUCCAUGGGCAUAACUGGUGCUUCAAAUCUUGCAGAGGCUUUAGGCCUCAUUUGGUCAUUUAAAGCCCCCAGAUUCUGUCAAGUUAGUGUCAUGUAGAUUGUCAGGUGUGGCUCAAUAAAAUAAAAGAGAGUUCAAGUGUGUUUAUUGAUAAGCCAAGGCAUUUCUUCAGCUGAAUAAAGAUGGGUCCCUCCUAAGAAGGAAGGAACCCUGAACAUAGUGAAAGGCAGAUAUUUAUACAUUCUUUGCUUUUGCUUCAUUACAGAAGGGGCAGCUGGGACACGACAGAUAAAGUAUAGAAAUUAUAGAAAUUAUAAAAAUAGUCAAGCAUGCCUUCUGUGAUUUUGGUCACGUGCCUAACAGACAGGCUAGUGAUUUCCUGUGAACGUUUCCAUGGCCUCUGAAGACUGUUGCAGCCUGAACUUCGUCCUUAUCAUCUCAACGUAUGAGCAAACAUCAAAUUGAUCAGGUUCCUGAUUAACAUUAGUGCAGAAGACAAAGAGGAUGGCAAUGAGCACUCUGGACAACUGAGGAUAACAAGCAACAUUGAAUAGCCUGACUUGCAGUCCAGAAAUCAAAAUAUUUUCCAUUUCCUUCACAGAGCCUACAAUUCUUCACCUUCCUUAGCAAGUGAGAGGGAAACGAGAGAAAAUCAAGAAGAGAUUUCUAGCCGGGAAAAGUACAGUGUGAAAUUCAAGCAUACAUUACAUGAAAAGUCAAAGGAGAUUAUUCUUCCAUUGAGCAAAAAAAGGAAAUAUCUGGAAGUCAGUGGGGAGGAAAAGGUCAAUUGGAAAGCCACGUAGAGCAGACAGUGUUGCAGGCCUCGCUCUGGGAGCAAGAAAACAGCUUGAAUCAAAGCACAACUAAACAAGGGAUCAUUCAUAUUUUUGACCUCCUCAAGAAUAUUAGUUGUGGAAAAGCUCCAUAGAGGUUCCUGUGGUGGGAAAGAUACCACUUGCAAAUCACAACUGAUUAUGCCUGAGAGGAUCCAGACUGAAGGAAAGCCUUACAUAUACUCUGAAUGUGGCAACAACUUUGGUCAGAACAACUCAGUUGUGGUUCAUGGAAGGAUCCACACAGGAGAGAAGCCAUACAAGUGCUCCCAAUGUGGUAAAUGCUUUAGUGAGCAUGGCAACGUGGACUCACACCAAGGAGAAACUGUUUGAAUGUCCUGAUUGUGGGAAAUGUUUCUGUAAUAAUUCCAGCCUGGUGAUACACCAGAGGAUUCACACAGGCGAGGAACCCUUUAAAUGUCCUGACUCUGGGAACAGUUUCAGUCAAAAUUCUCACCUCAUUUCACAUCAAAGCACUCCCACAGGAGAUAAACCAUUUGAAUGUCCGGAUUGUGGGAAACGUUUCAGUCAGCGUUCCAGCCUGGUUAAACACCAGAGGACUCACACAGGAGAGAAACCGUUUCAAUGUCCAGAUUGUGGGAAAAGUUUCAGUUGGAAUUCCAGCCUGGUGAGACACCAGUGGACUCACACAGGAGAGAAACCCUUUCAAUGUCCUGAUUGUGGGAAAAAUUUCAGUCGGAAGUCCAACCUGGUGAUACACCAGAGGAUUCACACAGGAGAAAAACCUUUUGAAUGUCCCGAUUGUGGGAAAAGUUUCAAUCAGAGUUCCAGCCUGGUGACACACCAAAGAACUCAUACAGGAGAGAAACCAUAUGAGUGUCCAGACUGUGGGAAAGAUUUCAGUAUUAGGACUAGCCUUCUAAAUCAUAUGCUUAUACACACAGGGGAGAAACCAUUUGAGUGUCCCGAGUGUGGAUGGUGCUUCAGGAAACAUUCCACCCUUACUGCACACAAGAAAAUCCACAUGAGGCCCCAAGUGAUGAGUGUAGAGAAGGUUUGAACUUCAUUUCUAAAGUCCCACUGUAAGUCCAGCUGAAAAAUUAACUGUCUAAUUUAACUACAAAGAAUUUGCGUAAUUUUCUGUAGACAAAUAUGUAAUGGUAUUAGACGGGAAAAAGGAAGAAAAAACUGGCAACAUAUUAGUUUGAUAAUGCCUAUCUGGCCAUCAGCAGCAGAAGUUGCUGGAUACAGGGAAUCCGCGAGUUGAGAAUGUAAUGGAUCCUGCCCAUUCCAUCCGUAACUCGAGAAUUCAUGGGAGUGAAUCUCAUUCAUUAAACAACAUCACUCCCUGCUUUCUCCCAUGCAUUCGUUGUUUUCUCGCUCUAGAUCAGCUUGAUGAGGCCUCUGGUGCCGAGAAAGCAGCCCCGAGAAGCUAUGCGCAACUUCUCAGGGUUGCUUUCUCUUUGGCAAAACACUUGAGGAUUGCAUUCCUGUAAGCUUUGGCAGCCCUUUGCAAAAAGCCUUUGCCUGUAGCAACAGGGCUUCGGAGGGAUGUGCCCGCUCCUCCCAAGCUCCGCUGGUGCCAAUAAAAGCUUCCCACACAACCUAAGAGUCAGAGGGGAUGGUCUACAGGGCGAGGUCAAAAGCCAUAAAUCCCCACUCAGACAAACAGUCCAUUUCCUCAGAAUCAAACUUUGAAGCUCAGAUUGAAAGGUGUAAAGUAGGUGUUGUUUGGAGGAUACUGGAUCUUGAAAGCUGCAGUCUUGAAUUUGGGGCUGGAGUAGGAGGAACGGCUGAAUGGAUAGAUUUUGUGGAGACGAAGAAAGCCCACUUUGAUGAUCACCAGGCUAGAGCCUGAGUGAUGCUCAUUUCUGGUCCUGCUCCAGGCACAAAGCCAUCUCAGAGACCUUGGCCUGUCCCGUCCUCUCAGGCCUUGGAAAGGGGAAAUCCGCUUCCAAAAAUCCUUGCCAAGGAAACCGCAGGUUAAUGGGAGUGCAGGAUAACUCCCCAAAAUCUACUUUUGCAACUGAGUGAACCUUGAAGAGUGAAGCCUGACCUACUUAUCUUCUCAAGAUUAGGGAGGUGUUGUGCCAUAAACGUUUACAAAGGUCUUGUUUGUGUGCAUAGCUGCUAAAUGAUUUCCAGCUUCAUCCUAUCAAUAGAAUAAUGAACAAUAACUGGAAACAUGCAGUCUCCUUGCUUCCAAACCACAUUGAGAUAAGAGAUAUUUUAUCUAUCUGCUUCCUUGCAGAACCUAAAUCUCAAUAGAGGGGAGAGUUGCUCUAAGCAGCUUUUCCUAUCUGUACAGGAGUUAGAUUUCAGUCUUAUUACUCCCAAAUUUUGGGCAAAAGACUUGGAGGGCACUAGAUUGCAGAAAGCAGAUAUAUAGAUUUUGCACUUUCUUAGAGGUGACUCAGGGGAGAUCAUAUGUAACCUCUCUGAAUCCUAAAACUUUAUGACUGAUUUUCUGUGGCUGCCAAGGUUAUAGGACCCAGGAGAAUCAGUGGGUUCAAAGGGUGCCAGCUUCAUUCGUGCUGCCCAGAGAUGCUUCCAAGCACACCCAUGCUAAAUGCCUUGUGCGUCUGUGACUUUGCAUAUACAGAAGUCUCCAUUAGGUCAAAGUGAGAAGAUCACAUACCCAGCAAGGCUAGAAAAGGGGGCUUAACAAGAGGAGACGACUGUCUGUAUAUGGUAAGAGAAAUGUUUCCAAAAGGCAUUUCCAAGGGCUGGAAAAAAGAUUGGUCAUACAGAUGUGCAUGUAACAAUGUACCACUCUGUCUGAUACCCAUUCCUUUUUUAAAUUCAAAAUUUUAAUCUAAUAAAAUAUGGAGAACAAACAAAAACAAUUGAUACAGAGAAGCAGGAAAGGAAUCGAGUAAAGAAAAAUAAUAUAAUUGCACCUUCUGCCUUUUUCUCUCUUGAGAAAUUGUCAUCACACAUUCUUAUAUAGAAAUUAUCUCUGCUCAAUUGACCAGAAUAAAAACUUCCUUGGAAAUUGA